GUGACGUCAUCUGUUUCUCCUGCUGAUGUCUAGGAAAUGAUGACGGACGGAUGUUUACGUUGAGUAGUUUAAUGCUGCAAAGUUAUAUAUUUUUACCAUGGAAGGCGUGGGCUCUGAAGUCAGCCUUAAAAUAAGGUCUGCCAUAAAGGCAAAACUGGUGGAACUUGGAACGUAUGUGGAUGAAGAAUUACCAGACUACAUCAUGGUGCUGGUUGCAAACAAGAAGACAAAAGACCAGAUGGAUGAUGAUUUAAGUCUUUUCUUGGGCCACAAUACAGAGCGCUUCACCUCCUGGCUUCACCAUGUAUUGCAGAAGUUGAAUGCUGCUGCACUUUUACAAGUUACAACUACACAACAAGAAGAACCAAAGAAGAAGGAUGCAGAAGAGGAUAAAAGAAGAGAUAGAGAAGAAGAAAAGAAGAGAGAACGGGAUGAAGAAAAGAAACGGGAAAAGGCAGAAGAAAUGAAAAAAAUGAGGGACGAAGAAAAAAGGAAAGCAAAAGAAAAAGAAAAAGCAGAUAGAAAAAGGAAAUCUAGUGAGAGAAAAGUUGAAAGGAAAGACAAAAAACUUAGAAAGCCUGACUCUCCUGUUUCUCAAGAUAAAUCAUCCAAGGAGAAAAAAGUUAUUGUCGCACCGGUUAAACUAUCAAAGUCAAAAGAGCCAGUUAAAGAAAAGGAAAGCAGAGAGAAGAUAAAAAUAUCAUCUGUUAAACAAAAUGCAGUUUCUACAGAGAAGACACCACUGGCUACUGCACCAGAAACUUCCGUACAUACAGACAAAAUGUCAAGAAAACUGAAGUCCCAGGUUAGGGGGAAAGUAUCCUGUGCUGACAUAUUUCGAGCUGAAGCUGCAGGGGGUGGAGAACAGUUAAUUGUUGAUGAAGAGGAAGAUAUAGAAGACAUGUUAGUUCUUAGGGCAGACAUUGAUGAAUUGGGUCUUGAAUUAGAGGAAGAACCAGCACCAAAAAAGAGCAAAAUAGAGCAGAGACAAAAGAUUUCAGCUCCCAAGGCAGAAGGUCGAGUAGAACCAAAGGCUGAAGUGAAAAUUGAAUCGAGGAUAGAGCCUAAACAGAAGAUCAAAUCUAAACUUGAGCCUGUUUCUACCAGAGUAUCUGCUAAAGAAAGAUUGGGAAUAGUGGUGCUUCCUAAGUCUGAUCAGCCCAGGGAGAAGCCUUCUGUUCUGGAUCGACUUGGCACUGCAGCUUCAAGUGGAAGACGUGUAAUUAAUUUGCGAGAAGAAUCCAGCUUUCCCCCUCGCCCAGAGUCAUCAAGUAGUGGGACCUGUAUUAAUAUGGCACGAGCAGUCUCGAGUGCAAUAUCUUCUGCCCAUAGAUCUGUGUGUGUGCUACCAUCUUCGUCAAGCUCAUCAGGCAAGAAGUUAGAGGCACGUGUAAGACCUCUCAUGUCAAAGCAAGUUGAAUCUAGUCAUGAUGGAUCAAGUCGGGAAUCAUCUACCAGAAGUGUGGCUCAGGGUCGAGAAGAGCCCAUCAGAGAGAGCUCGAGCCGUUCAGUCUCGGGGCGUGUCGUUUCAGCAGUUGGAGCUGUGUUGAAGAGAUCACAUAGUCAGGUGGACUCUGAUGAGGAAGAAUAUGACCCAAAGAAACCUCAACUGAGUGGCAUGGCAAGUAAAGUGGAGGUUAUUCCGCGACCCAGACGCCCCGGAGCCAUACAAGCCAAUACAGCUCUCAUUCUCCGAGCAAUGGCUGAUGCUCAUAAGUCGGUAAAUAAACCAAGCCGACGUACAGUGGAUAAAUCAGAACUGCUUCCAAAGAAACAAAAGGGUGAGUUAUUUACACGUGGAUACAGAGAGCGAGAGCGAGAGCAAGCUCGUCACAAAGACCUUCCUUCUCAGGAGGAAGGCCCACGGGAGGAUGAAAUUAGGAUUCGGAAGAUAGCUAUUACCGUACCUAAUGCUACGCGAAAAGAAAGUGAGAAGCAGCUGGAAGAAGAAAAAAUGGAGGAAGUGGUUCUGACAAGUCCUGAAAUUACAACCACAACAGAGAUCAUUGAAAAAGAUGAAAUGUUAGAAAAUGUAAUACCUAUGGAAGAAGAGCAUGGACCUGUUGUACCAGACAGUGGAUUUGGUAUGGAAGAGGUGGAGGAGGUGGAGGAAGAAGUUGUUGAUGAAGGGAUAGAAGAAGACCAGCCCCUCCUGCCUCCACCACCCCAGCCCAGAAUUCAGCCUCUUGCUGGGGUAGAAAACACUAAGUUCAUUGUCACCCUGGAAGGUGUAGACACUGGAGUCUUUGCCGUAAAGGAUGAACACCUAGAUAUUAGGUCUCGACUAGGAGGUCGACCUGUACACAAUGACAGUUUAGAGGUUGUAGAGGAAUACAUUGAAGAGGUAGAAGAAUUGGAAGAAGAAGAAGAAACUCUGGCUGAAACAUUGCCAGCUGUUGGACACAUUGCAGGUGCUAAGUCUCGUCUCAAGAGCACAGUUUCUGUUAUGUCAGUUCCACAUGGUGGAGGCACCAAAGAGCGCUGCAAGUUCUGGCCAUUAUGCAAAGCUGGAGAAUCUUGUCCUUAUCAUCACCCUACUGUCACAUGCAAGUCCUUUCCAUCCUGUAAGUUUGGUGAUAAAUGCCUCUACAUUCAUCCUAACUGUUUAUUUGAUGGAGCAUGUACCCGUAUUGGCUGCCCAUACACUCAUGCCAGCUCUCGAAACUUGGCUCUUGCAUCAGCUGCAGUGACUCAGAAGCACAAAAUUGUACCCCAAAUCAGACCAACAAAAGUGAAGUGCAAAUUUUUCCCAAAGUGUACCAACAUGUCUUGUUCAUUCUUUCAUCCGAAGGCCUGCUUCUAUGGAAUAUCGUGUACACAAGCCAACUGCCCCUACACCCAUCCAACAGUUCCCAUGGGAGCUAAACUUAAAUGGAUUGCUCCAAAGACUUCAGUACCACCUGGGUCAACUCCAGCUGCUUCUGAAGACAAAGCUAAAGAAAUUGAAAGACAGGAUAAAAACUUGGUGAAAAAUUAGAAAACAGUCAUGUACAGUAUGUUAGGAACUAAUAAUAAUUAGCAUUAUGUUCAGAUGAAUGGCAAGUGCCUCCUAUCCAGUAAACCUGGGAAAUGGAAUGAUGAUCAUAUUCAAAUUUGUCAGUAAUUUAUUGAAGUGCUUUGUGCAAUUUGUAAAAAGAAAUAUAAAGUUUUUAUUGUGUAAUUAUUUACCCAAAUUGGUUUUAAAGCCAUUCCCAAGUAUGUAUUAAGCCUUUAGUGAACUGUAUUGUUGUUGUAAACGUGCAGUUGUAUUGUUGUAAAAUUAUAUUCGGUAUUUUAGACCACAGAACAGUAAGCCAAUCUUUGAGAGAUAAUGUACUGUAGUUGCUUUUAUUAUGUUGCACCUCACUCUGAAUAGCAUUUUGAAUCUCUCAUCAUUAGAAACUUUGCUAUCAUAUACUUCUAAUGUUAUUCAGGUAUAUUGUGGUAUUUUAUGGUGGGUAAUUUUUGAUGCAUUGCAAUUGUUGUUGAUUGCAACACCAUUUCUAAAGUAAUCCCACUACUGAUUGUGUAAAUGUGCUGGAUUACCCCAGUAUCAUUUUAGUAUAUUAUCGGCUUGUGAUACACUUACCUAGUUAUGUACUCUACAAUAAUGCAUCAAAGUUCUAUUAUUGCUAAAAGACUUCAAGGCAAAAGUGGCAUCUAGACUGUAUAAUUAGUACAAUAUGCCAAGGCUGAUAUUUGGAGGAUAUCUCUUGUUUCCGUUUUGUGAAAGCAUAAGUUGUUUUCCAAGUACUGUAAUUGACACCAUGUCCAUUGGUUUACAUGUCUUCAUGUAUAACUCCAUUUUAAAUUGAAUGUAUACAUAAAUAUACAUUAUAAAUAUG